AUCCUCAGCUCCUUUGUGUUCGAAAAAUUUCACCAGAGAAAGAGAAAGAGAGAUGGGGAGAUUUAUUCAUGCUGUGUUGUUGCUUUUCUUCCUGAUCGAGAUCAUGGAAUUGGGUGGUUGCCAAGCCAAGAACUGGCACAAGAGCGUAAAAGUGAAGAAAUUAGAAGAGCAGUCGACGGAGCUGCACUUCUACUUCCACGACACCGUUAGUGGAAAAACACCCAGCGCGGUGAGAGUGGCGCAAGCAGAGGAUACCCAGAAAUCGCCAACCCUCUUCGGCGUUGUGAUGAUGGCUGAUGACCCAUUAACAGAAGGACCAGAACCGACAUCCAAGGAGGUGGGUCGAGCCCAAGGUUUGUAUGGCUCAGCCGGUCAGCAGGAACUUAGUCUCAUAAUGGCCUUGAACUUUGGUUUCACUGAUGGGGUCUAUAAUGGUAGUACCCUUAGCAUUCUAGGGCGGAACCCAGCUUUGCAUCCGGAACGGGAGUUGCCGAUCGUCGGGGGAACCGGUGUUUUCCGGCAGGCUCGAGGGACUGCUAUAGCCAAGACGUACUGGCUCAACGCAACCUCCGGUGAUGCCAUAGUCGAAUACCAUGUUACUGCCCUUCAUGCUUAGGGUGUCAAUCGGACUACUUCUUGUAAGAAAAAAAAAAUGGGUGUGAUACUGAUUUUCGAUAUGAUUAAGAAUAUGAUGUGCUUUUUUUUUUGUUUUUUGGGUGGGGGAAGAACAUGAUAUGUAUAAGUCGAAGCCAAUUAGUUUUUGUAAUUUUAAAUUAAAAUUGAAUCUAUUGAUGUGGUUCUAGUUGGUGAGAA